AUGAAGGAAGCAGGACGAACAGAGGCGGCUGAGCUUGGUAAAAAAUCAGCGCCACCAACGAAGCAGAAGGCAAGACAAAAGAGGCCGCCGCAGUCGCUAUGUAUGAAAAAGGGUUAUGAUGUUGGCUCUGCUGCUCCUGAUAAUAGCUACAAAGUAUCAAUCUUACCAUAUGAAUUCAAAGAUGAUGAUGGUACCACCAAGCCUAAUAUCCGUAACAUGGCCAGUGAAUGCAUUAAACUUUACAACGAAACACAUGUACCGCAUUGUGGAAGUUGUGGAGGUUCUCAACGUGUGUUACCUCUCCAACUUCUUAUCCUGUGUACAUUGUACAAGAUUACCUUCAAAGCUUCUCCUGUGGAUGGUUCUAGCAAAGCGAAAAUCUUUCUAGGCAAGUAUCUUGUUGAUAUUGGGGUUCGUGAGGGGGAUGAGGACGAGAGUGGGGAGAUGUUUUGCAAGACUAAAGAUGAGGCUUUUGAUAAGGAUUUGCCCUGUUUCCUUCCUUGCUGUAAGCGGUAUGAUUUGUACGCAUGCAAUAGUCGCACAUAUCUAGAAUACACUCAUGAGAGCUUUAAGCAGCGCAAGCAAGCAAGUUCUUGGAACCAUGGAGCACCCUCUUGGGUGCUACAAGAGUUGGCUAAGAACGACUCCCAAGUUAGUUUGCUUGGACCCUAA